AUGGCUACCAACAAAUCUGCCUUUAUCUCACUUUUCUCUUUUCGCGUUCCCAAAUUCUUAUCUGGCCCACGGCAAUGUGCUCGUCAUCUCCACAAAACAAUCAGACGGAGCCCUCCUCCUCCUCCUACUCCAUUUGUUCCAGAUACCAAGACAUUUCUCACGCUCAUCGGCCGCAAUAUGUCGAAAUUCAGCGAUAAAAUAAACUCCUGGGAGCAAUUAUUCACAACCUCCUCACAGGGAUUUUGCGACCUUGGAAUCGAACCUGCACGGCAAAGACGGUACCUACUUCGGUGGGUGGAAAAGUUUCGGCGCGGGGAGUAUGGUGUUGGGGGACAUUCAGAUCAUGUCACGGAUGGAGUAGCGGAAUUUCGUGCUGUUGAGGUUCCGCGACCGAAAAUAAUGACAAAAACAAGUGGCAGCGAUACUGGAAUACCUCCUCUUAUCCAACUAGGCACUGCUACAACCUCUCCAGGAUGUAAAUGGGUGAUUGUAAACCUACCCGUUGGCGAGACUCAAGUGAAUAGUGAGAAUUUCUCAAUAAAGAAAUACCCCGGAAUUAAGCUCUAUCGUGGGAACAAGAUAAGAGGCCCUUACCUCAAGUUACUCCCCGGCGCAAAUGGAACCGCAGCAAGUCUUUCUGUGCAAGAGGGGUUAUGGGAGCACAAGCAAGGCCGAAAAAUUGAUGGCGGUGAGAGGCGAAGAGCGGAGGUCCGGGCGAAGCGACGAAUUGCAGAGGCAAAGAAAGGGUGA